AAUCGCUCCUCCCAUGCGCAGUUUCUACAACCUCCAUGGAUUUCUCAAGCGCCUUGCAGCUUUCACCGCCGUCCACGAUCACCAAUGUCCAAAAUUUUCCACCAAAUCCAUCCAUUUCCUCAAACCCCACAAACCCAACAAUCGAAUUCCCAGAAAGAACACAAAAAACCAUCCCAAAUCCACUUCAAAGCAACAACCUUUAGACCCGAAGACUUACAUGCGAGAAACAAUCACAAACAUAUACAAAAUCCUCAAAUAUUCGACAUGGGAUUCCGCUAAAGAACAACUGCAGAACCUUCCCAUAAGAUGGGACUCUUACACUGUGAGCCAGGUGCUCAAAACCCACCCUCCGAUGGAAAAAUCGUGGCUUUUUUUCAACUGGGUUGCUGGUUUUAAAGGGUUUAAGCACGACCAGUUCACUUACACAACAAUGCUGGACAUUUUCGGAGAAGCCGGGAGGGUUUCGUCAAUGACCCAUGUUUUCAAGCAAAUGCAGGAAAAGGGGAUCAAGAUUGAUGCCGUUACUUACACUUCUCUGAUGCAUUGGCUCUCGAAUGCCGGAGAUGUCGAUGGGGCUGUGCAGACUUGGGAGGAGAUGAGAGCUCAGGGAUGUGCUCCCACUGUUGUUUCUUACACUGCUUAUAUGAAAAUUUUGUUUGGUGAUAACCGAGUGAAGGAGGCUACUGAUGUAUACAGGGAAAUGAUCCAGUUUGGAUGUUCCCCAACUUGUCAUACUUACACUGUUUUGAUGGACUACCUGAUUGGGACUGGCAAAUGCAAAGAGGCACUUGACAUUUUCGGCAAAAUGCAAGAUGCUGGAGUACAACCUGAUAAAGCGGCUUGCAAUAUUUUAGUUCAGAAAUUGUGCAAAGCGGGAGACACAUGGACAAUGAACCAUAUCCUUUUGUUUAUGAAAGAGAAUCGCCUUGCCCUUCGUUACCCUGUAUUUCUAGAGGCAGUCGGAACUUUCAAAAUUGUUGGCGAGAGUGAUUCCCUCCUCAGGCAAGUUCAUCCGCACUUUUUCGUUGACUAUGGCAAUCAGGAGGCAAGUGAGUUUAGAACACCUGCUGCUGAUGCUCUUGUGACAAUUGAUGAAGGGCUUGUACUGAUUCUUUUGAAAAAGGAAAAUCUUGUUGCCAUAGACAUCUUACUUGCUGGAAAUGGAGAAAAGAAAAUACAAUUGGAUUCUGCUAUCACUUCAACCAUCAUUGAGGUAAAUUGUGGACAUUGCAGACUUGAUGGUGCUUUAUUGGGUUUCGAAUAUAGUGUGAAAAUGGGUAUAAUCCUUGAGAGGAAUGCAUAUCUUGCUUUGGUAGGAGCUUUGAUCAGAUCAAAGUCAUUUCCAAAAGUGGUGGAGAUUGUUGCGGAGAUGAUUAGGGCUGGAUAUUCUCUCGGAAUAUACUUUAGUACACUUCUGAUACAUAGGCUCGGGCGUGCUAGAAGGACACCUUGUGCAGCAAAAAUCUUUAAAUUACUACCCGAUGAUCACAGGUGCACUGCAACUUACACUGCCUUGAUUGGGGCUUACUUCUCUGCUGGGAGUGCUGAUAAAGGACUUCAAAUUUUCAAAGCAAUGCAAGGGGAAGGAUUCCGUCCUUUCUUGGGCACAUUCAAUGUGUUGUUAGCAGGUCUCCAAAAAUGUGGUAGAGUUCGUGAAGCUGAAAUGUAUAGGAAGGAAAAGAAGAGUCUGCAGGCUGAUGGUGAGAUUCAGGAUGCUGUCCCUGUUGAGCAAAAGAUUUGUGACCUUCUGUUUGCUGGGGAUGUUGUCUCUUGAUCCUAUUCGGCAUGCUGGGACUCCCAUACUGAUCAUGCGAUGCAAAAAAUUGCCUUGCUGCUUGAGAGAAAAUGUCGUAGAUAAGGAAGCAGUUCUCCUGUAAACAUGAUGGUCGUGUAUAUGAUAGCUACAAGAGUUGUCGAUGGAAAGAAAGCUAUACGAUGGAAGCAAUCAAAUUUUUGCGAGGGCAAUACUCGGUGUUCAGUUGCUACAUCGAGGCAGAAGUUCUGCUGGUUAGCUCAGAUGGCCAAGCAACAGGGGUUUAUCGUCUUUUGAACGUGAUGCAGAGUUCACGCACUUUUGAGUUGUCUUGAUGGGCACUUAGACUUGUAUGUAGGUUAAGGUUUAAGGCCUUGUAAACAUACUUUUAUCUGUUAUUUUGCUUUAUCCAUGUACAUUAACGAGAGGGAUUAUUUGGAUUUCGUGCAUUUUCUUA